GAACAGCCGAUUUGGCAAGAAGCAAAAACCACAGAAUAGAGUAUCACAUCGUCUUUCUGUUCACUUUGUUUCACAAACGAUUCAGGUUCUUCCUACUGUCUUCUGCCACCUCCUUGCUCUUCUCUACUUACUUCACAGAUGUCGUUGAGGUAGGUAACCUGAAGAAUUCAAGGGCAGAAAAGAAGUCUACUUGUGAAGUUUUCUUGUCCCUGGUAUGCGCAGGAAAUGAAGACAUUGCCUGGCAUGUUUGGAAUUGGGAAAUUGUGUUCGGUAUUCUUCCUAAUCCCACAUCUGGGCAUCUGGAGUAUCAACGGUGAAAAAUCAUGUAAAGAACAACUGUAUGUAAAGAGACAUUCCAUAUACACUGUCUCAGCAGGGAAAUCAUUUGAUCUGAAAUGCCCUGUGAAAUACUGUACUAACAGACCUGACGUGAUCUGGUGCAGACUCGAAGGAAAAAGCUGUUUAUCUCAUAGGUAUAAACAUCAUAGAUACACAAGUUGGAGUGAAAAGGAGAAUAAUAUUUCAGUUUUUAUUCUGCAUUUUAAUCACGUGCUGCCUGAUGAUACUGGGUCAUACCGCUGUUCUGCGAAUUUUUCAUCUGGACUUGUUGAAAGCCAUUCAAUAACCAUUAAUGUGACAGAAUGGACUAGAAAUAAUUCCGAAUACCCUCUGAUAAAUACAACCAGUGCCUCAGGACCACCCUCUGCAGAAGUGACAGAUGAAAGACAAUGGAUGCUUUAUAGUCUGCUUCCUUUGGGAGCAUUGCUUCUGCUUAUUACCUGUUUCUAUCUAUUCUGCUGCCUUCGAAGGCACCAAGAACCAUGGAUAAUGAUUUCCUCGGGGACAACUCAUCCUUCCACCAAAAAGACAGAUGGAUUAAUUCAGGUCCUAUCCAGUCAUGCAGAACAAAAGAAGCCUUCUGAUACAGCAAGAAGGGAAAUUAACCUGGUUGAUAUUCCCCAGCCCUUAAGGAGUGAGCAAACUGAAGUGGGAACCAGGCAAAAUCCCCAAACACUGCCAUCAGAGACUAAUACUUAUGAUAAUGAGCCCUGGUUCAGGGUCCAGGAAGAGUCUGAAGUUUAUUCUAACCCAUGUCCGGAGGAAAACAAACAGAGCAUUGUUUAUGCCUCCCUGAACCAUUCUGUCAUUGGAAUAAACCCAAGACAACCAAGGAAUGUGAAAGAGGCACCUACAGAAUAUGCAGCCAUAUGUGUAAGGAGUUAAAUUCCAUCUGGAUCUCUAACCAAUGAUCACUGAAUGAUCAGCAUGUCAACGCCAUUUUCUGAGCCCAACAAAAUAUCAGAUAGUAUACCUCGACCUGAGAAGUUUCACUUCAAGGAGGUUCAUGUUGGUGCUUGGGUCUUCAGGGACAAAGGACAAAUAACUAAAAUUUCUCCCUCCAAAUUACAAGGGAACUUUUUUACAGCAUAGCACUGAACAAUAGCACAAAAACCCUUCCUCCAAAAAUGAAUGGUAUUAUGAAUAGCAGGGUAGCAGAACAUUUAAACUUAGAUACAUUUUACCCAAUGGACAAAGUUAGUAUAUUUUUUGGAGGAUGAGAGAUACGUGUAAGCAAGAGAGAUUUGUGUUAUCUGGAUUAGUUCACUACACUCUCUUGAUGAAGAAAGAAUGUCCCAGUUUGACUGACUAACCAUCAACAAAGCAACAAUAUUAUGUUUAUUUCUCGUCAUUCUUCCAUGAUGAGAAACUUUCCUCUGUCCAUCUCAUACUGGGGUUUCUUACAUGUAAAGAAGAAAUCAUCUUUGACUUGAUAUAAGAAAAGAAUGGAAAGAAGAAAUGGUGCAAUAAAGAUGUGGAACACACCAGCUAAUGUAGGGUAGAUGCUCCCCAUCCCUGACAAAAGGUUUUAUCUACCCUGUUACACUGCUAAGCAAACAUAGGUAGUAAUGGAGUAUUAAUGUGUGGUUAAUUUGUAAACACAGUUGUGACUCAGUGUUUGGGUCACAUGGACUAAUGUUUAUAAAUGUGACAUAAUGCUGCUGAAUUAAUAUCCUUGGGGGUGUCUAAAUAAACAUAAAAAUCAGUGAAAAUAAGUAUCAUCCGGCAGGUACAGAUUGGUAGCUUAAACCGCAUUGUGGUUGACCUGAUAGCAAAUGAAAAGCAUAGUUACUGGGAUAGAGAAAAAUCUGGAGUAUUUAGUUGGUCAGUACAGGUCACCAUACUUUCAUUAAGCACAUCUGUACAGCUUCAUAACAAUUCAUUUUAAAAUACUGUAGUUGCAGUCACUUGACUACAGCAAGAGGAGAUGCUUUCAAAGUUUCUGAAUUUCCAGAGUACUUGAGUCUAAUUAUUUCAAAAAUAAUCUACGACUUUAUUCAAUAGCUUGAGGCUGUUAGGAUUCUCAGGUGCUGCUACUAAGUAAGGCAGUACACCUCAUACAAAGUGGACAGCAAAGGUUGGAUCCAUUUGAACAAAUAGUUGAGCUGCUGCACAAAUGAAUGUGUGUGUGUGUGUGUGUAAGGAAGACUAGGUGACUUACAGAAAUAGUAAAAAGAGAAACUGACAAAAUUGACAUUCCAUUUCAGUUUCCUAAAAGGUUCAGAAUACUAGAGCAAAUGGAUCAUUAAAGAAAAUGUAUGAAAAUAGAAGUUUGAAAUUAUGGCAAUGAGGGUAUGAUAUCCCAUAACAUUUUUUAUCCCAUAAAGAUAAAACUGGGAUUUUGUGGUGGAGCUUUUCUUCUGUAACAACACUGACAUUAGGAUUUUGCCCGUUAGGAAGGUGUAUGCUAUGGUGAAUGCUGUGAAGUGUGAACCUGACGAUUCACAGACCUAUACCCCUAGGGCUAAUAAUACAUUAUAUGUUAAUAAAAAAAUUUAAAAAAAGAUUUUGCCCCUUAAAUUGGGAUUGUGGGUGUAUCUUUAGAGUCACUGUUAUCAAGCCAGUAUGAUAGCACAGUACCUGGAAUUUUGAGCAAUGGAUCUAGGUAGGCUCUUUCAGCGAGGCGGCAUUUUUAGGCAACUAUGUACAAAAGAUAUAUUAGAAUAACUGUUUGCGGUAUUCUUAAAUAUAGAAACAGGAAGUAUGGGAGGAUACCUUUAGCUGCCCUUAUCAGAUAAAAACACACAGCUGAACAGUUCCUUCAUAAUUUUCUUAAAUUUAAGCAACAAAAAAUUUUCUAUUGUUAUAUUCUUAGCCUGUCUUAUAGUAAAGAUAAUGUUGAUAAUGAUUUCACUCCUACAAAUGAUUUAUUCUUACAUUUGUAUCAUGCUGCCAAAAUUCCAAAUCACCUAUGUUUUUAUUGCUUCUUAAUAAAGGGUGUCAGAAUUAUAUAUGUA